AUGACAUUAAUCACUGACAGUAGAGAGUGCUGGAGAGAUGCUGCAAUAGGAAAACGUUUUACUUUCAGUUUGAGAGUGUUCACUUGCCAGGCUCCUGCAGUCCUUCUCCCCUAUGGGCAGCUCCUCCAGGCCACGAUCAAAAAUGCGAAUCUGUCAGAGGAAAUGCAACAAGACUCAGUGGAGUGUGCUACUCAGGUGUUGGAGAAAUAUAACAUAGAGAAGGAUAUUGCAGCCCAUAUUAGGAAGGAGUUUGAUAAGAAAUACAGCCCCACUUCACAUUACAUUGUGGGGAGGAACUUCAGGAGUUUGGUGACACAUGAAACAAAGCAUUUCAUCUACUUCUGCCUGGGCCAAGUGGCCAUUCUUCUGUUCAAAUCUGGUUAAAAGCGUGAGGACUGUGCCAUGCACCCAGAGAUGCACUCAAAGACA